AUAAAAAAAACACACACGUGUGUUGUGUCUGUCUUGUCAGAUCCAGAAAUCCCACAGAUCUCUAUUUGUUUGUACUCACAAAUGUUUUGAAGGCACGUUUAAUUACACCUCAAACAGAUAACAAGACUGACUCGGAAUAUGGAAUAUUUGCCGGACUCUAACGCCAGAUAUAAAGAUGUGGAUUACUGGAAUGAGCGGUACAGGACGGAGGAAAGCUUCGAGUGGUUCGGAGACUUCACCAAAUUCGAGCAUCUGCUUAAACAACACGUGGGAAUUGAAGAAAACAUUUUGAUGCUGGGUUGUGGUAACAGUGCUCUGAGCUAUGAUAUGUGCCAGGCCGGCUACAGCUCCAUCACUAAUGUGGAUUACUCCAGCGUCUGUGUGGAGAGUAUGGCGGAGAAACACAAGGACUGCGCUCAGCUCAGCUGGCUGUGUAUGGACGCUCGUCGACUGGCCUUCCCCGAUGGCGUGUUUGAUGUGGUUUUGGAGAAGGGGACUCUGGACGCCAUGCUAGUAGAAGAGACUGACCCGUGGAAGAUCUCGGAGAACGCAGCUCGACUGCUGCACCAGGUUCUCCUAGAGGUCAGUCGUGUGUUGAAACCUGGAGGCCGUUUCGUCUCCGUCACGUUCGCGCAGCCACAUUUCCGCAAGAGACUCUACGCUCGAGAAGAGUAUGACUGGUCCAUCAAGCACUAUCACUACGGCAGCAACUUUCACUACUUCCUGUAUGUUCUGACCAAAGGGGAGGAGCUUAGCCCAGAGGAUGCCGCCCUGGAGAGGAGAUUCGCCGAAGAAGCAAAGGCUCCGCCCACAUAUGUAAGAUUUCAGGAAGCAGACUCUGAGGACUUCCUGAAUAACAUCAGAUUAUAGGUACUCAGAUAGGAUUUGUUACUUAGAAGACUGCUGAAAGUUGUUUAGGGUGUUUUUUAGGGUGCAAACAAACAAUUUAACCAAAAGUAAUCUUUUAUUUACUCUCAAAUUGUCCCAAAUUUAUCUGAUUUUAUUUCCUCAAUGGAAUAAGAAAUUUUUUUUUUUUUACUCUUUCAUGCAUUUUUCAUGAGUUUUUUUUUGUGACUGUUACCAUAGAUAUAUACACUAGAUAUCGCAUAGGACCCUGAGCAUGCAUCAAUAUCGCCACCAAAUUUGUACAGUGCUCCCAGGACAAAAGUCAUUCAACAGCACUAGUCAAGAUUAAAGCCAAUGUGAAGAUGCUGGACUUUAGCGCUGUGUACGAGUGUAGUAACGAGAAAACAAAG